AUGGCGAGUUUUGGCGAUAGUGACGAUAGUGACGGUGAAAUACCCGAGAUAGACCUAAGUUUGAAAAUUAGUCCGUUUAUGUUUGAACCAGUUGCCAAACUUAGGGCUUCUGUAUCGUCCAAUUCCGAGUCGGAAUCAGAGGACAGCGAUAAUCAUGAUAAUGACUCAGGUCAAUCGGGAAAUUCGUUACAGGGCCAAUCCACAGAGAAUUGGUGUCUUUGUUCAAAUUGUGUCACGAUGCCCACUAAUGCUGAAAACAAAUGUUGUCAACGCACCAAUAUUGUUGAUGCUAAGAUAGAGGAAGAAUCCCUGCAAUGCAUAACUCAGCAUGAAGGAUUUAUAGCAAACUGCUUAAAUCGUUAUGUUCUUGAAACUUCCUUCUACGAGUAUAUUCAGGAGAGUGGUCCAUUAGAGGAAAAUGAACAUGUACAUGAGUAA